AUGGCCGAGAACCAAGAUAGUGCCGCGCUCCUCAAUGGAAGCGCAAUGAAGCCAGAUGCCUUCGACGGCACGAAAUCCAAGUACAUUGCUUGGAAGACCCAAAUGAAACUCUAUGUAGUUACGCAGAGGAAGCGGCUACCAGAACAGUUCGACAGAGUCCUUAUGAUUCUGUCGUACAUGAAAGGUGGAUACGCGGGCAAAUAUGUUGCUACGUUCAUGAAGAAAUACGACGCGGACGAAAACUCUGCAAUGCAGAUGGGAGCGCUGUCAGCACAGGAGUUCUUCUCAAAGUUUGAAUUAUGCGCCUUCCAGGCGAACAUUCAUGACUUUGAGGCACAUUUCCAGGAGUUAAAAUCGCUUCUAGAAAAGGCACUUAGGGCCGAUAUCAUUCAGCUUCUGUAUAAUUCAUCGGAAGAACUCCCUGCCACAUACGCGCUCUACAAACAACGGGUCGCGCGCAUCGACCUAAAUCAGCAGCAAUAUCGUCGGCAAAACCCACAGUCCCAGCAGCAAGGACAAUUCCAACCUCGGCAGCAGCAGACACAAGGUGCGCCACGAGCACAGGCUAGCGUAGCCGCGCCUACUGCAAACGCCCCGGUCCAGACACGUCGCAAUGGGACAGGCGUCACAUUCGGCGGCAGAGGCCAGCCAAUGGAGCUGGAUCAGGCACGACGCUUAGGCCUUUGUUUCCGAUGUGGAGAAAAAGGACAUCUCUCGCGCAAUUGCCCUAACCGGCAACAAACCCAGCAAGUACGGGCCGCAGAAACGCCGGCAAUCCCCACUACCAAUGCAUUCACACCGCUCGUACCACUCAACGAAGCUCCUGCCGCGACGGCAGAACCGUUCGACUGGAAAAAGGCAAUCCACGAAGAAAUUCGUGCGGCCAUGAAGGGUUUUGCAAGCGGUCAGCCGGGUGCGUAG